GUUAAUUCCAUCUUUAGAGUGCACGCCUGUACGUCCCUUCAUCACAGCACACGUCAGUGACGGUUGGUUUAAAGGUAGCAAGCUAAGAACCUACGCACUAGGACACAGGCUGCUACAGGUGUUCCAAAAGCUGGCUGAUCUGCUAACAAUGAUGAAGCGUAAAAUUGCAGACUUUUCUAAAGAGUUUGAUGCAUCUCCUGGCGGAUUUUGGACCACUGCCGGGGAUCCUCAGAAUCCAGCCAGCGAAGUUUACAUGUUCCUGACCGUGUACCUCAGCAACAACGACCAGCACUUCACAGAGGUGCCCAUCACCCCUGACACCUGCUGCCGCGAUGUGGUGGAGCUGUGCAAGGAGCCGGGGGAGACCGACUGUUACCUGGCGGAAAUGUGGAGAGGCUCUGAGAGAGCAGUCGGCGAGGGCGAGAGGAUGCUGGAUGUGCUGCAGCGCUGGGGCCAGCAGAGGGCGGAAGUGCGGUUCUUCCUGCGGCACGAGAGAGCGCCCAGCAGGGAGCCGGGUGGAUCGAGGGCUCAGAGCAACGGUCUGAAGACUCCCAUGAACAGGCAGAGUGAAAAUGGGGUGGCAGUCCCACGCACGGACAUGACUCUUGCGGAGCUCCAGGAGAUGGCAGCCCGGCAGCAGCAGCAGAUCGACGCCCAGCAGCAGCUGCUGGCUUCCAAGGAGCAGCGGCUGCGCUACCUGAAGCAGCAGGACCACCGGCAGCAGCAGGCCUCGGAGCAGGAGAAGCUGCAGCGGCUGCGCGAGAACGCCGAGAGCCAGGAGGCCAAGCUGAAGAAGGUGCGGGCCCUGAAGGGCCAGGUGGAGCAGAAGCGCCUCAGCAACGGCAGGCUAGUGGAGGAGAUUGAGCAGAUGAACAGCCUGUUCCAGCAGAAGCAGAGGGAGCUGGUGACAGCCGUGUCCAGAGUGGAGGAGCUGAGCCGCCAGCUGGAGAUUCUGAAGAACGGCAAGAUGGACACUUUCCACAACAGCCAGAGCUCUGUAGCAGAGCUGGACCGGCUGUACAAGGAGCUGCAGGUGAGGCAGGAGGGGUCAGGGCUCUGGUGGCUGGGGCUCGGGCAGAGCGGCACUCGCGCCACCCUCUCGGGCAGGGCUUGGGCAGCCAGACAGACCCCUCCGGACGGCCCUCCGCAGACCUCCUCCUCCCAGAGCCGGGUGGCCGCUGUGGAGCCCUAUGUCCAGUCGUCCACCAUGCCCCGUGGGCCUGUGAGGCACGAGCUCCUGAAGCCAGCCUACCCAGGGGGCACCCUCCCUCUGCCCAUGCAGGACAAUGCGCUGAAGGCCCCGGCCAGGGCGCCCGCUAGCAGGCCCCCCUCAGGCGUGGGGUCAGCCAAGACCGGCCAGUCCCUGUCGGAGUGGAGCUCGGAGUCCAGCGGCAGCCACAGCUCGUCCUCCACGCUGCCCAGGAUGGGCCCCCACAGCAAUGCGGAGCAAGAGGACACAGAGGUGCUGAAGAGGGAAAAGGACAAGAAGGUCCGGCCCUUCUCCAUGCUGGAGUCCAGCGAGCCGACACCAGGGCCGCCCUCCGCCGCGUCUCUCCGCAAGAACCAGAGCAGCGAGGACCUCGUGAGGGACGCCCAGAACGUCGCCAAGGCCCCCGCGAAGGUGCCGCCGCCCGUGCCCAGCAAGCCCAAGCAGGUCAGCCUGCCCGGCCAGGCUGCAGUCGGCAGGCCGGCCUCCAGCACAGGGACCUUCCCUGGCAAAUCCAAGCCGGCCGGGCAGGGCCAGCCGGCGGCGCAGCAGUCCGCCCACACCCUGCCUCUGCCCUCCAAGCAGGAGGCGCCGCCGGCGGCCACCGUGCGGCCCUUCACCCCCGAGGUGGCGGCCCGGGACCCGGCGCCCCAGCCCUUCUGCAAGCCGCCCACGGUGGCGGCCAGCUCCAUCUACUCCAUGUACACCCAGCAGCCCACACUGGGCAAGAACUUCCAGCAGGCCGUGCAGAGCGCGCUGACCCGGGCCCAGAGCCGCACCAACCCCUUCGUCAGCGUUUACGGAAAGCCUGUCAUCAGUGGCAACGGAUCCGGGCAGCAGCCAGUUCCGGCCAUGCAUCCGGAGAAUCCCUAUCAGGACCGGCCCGGUGGCCUGGACACGGAGACGGAUCAUAGUGGGAGAGCCCCUCCGCCCGAGCCCCAGGAGACUGAGCGCAUCCCCCGGCCGCUGAGCCCCACCAAGCUGCUGCCUUUCAUCUCCAACCCCUACCGCAACCAGAGCGACGUGGACCUGGAGGCCCUGCGCAAGAAGCUGCACAACGCGCCGCGGCCCCUGAAGAAGCGCAGCUCCAUCACCGAGCCCGAGGGCCCCAGCGGCCCCAACAUCCAGAAGCUGCUGUACCAGAAGACGACGCUGGCCGCCAUGGAGACCAUCGGCUCCAUCACUGCUCCCUUCUUCCAGCCGGAGUCCGGGGCCGAGCAGGAGCGCGCGGGUGCCCAGAGCGCGGACGCGGGCCCCGCGGAAAAAGAGGCGCCUCCGCCCGCGGCCCCGACAGACGUCCCGGCCGCUGCCAAAGCGCCGCCCGCCCAGGAGCCCACAGAGCAUUUCGUCCUUCCGCCGCCCCCCUCCCACCCGCCUCCCGCUCAUCCCCAGGGGCUCCUGGACGCUCACGGCCUCCCUCUGCCGCCGCCGCCGCCCCCUGCUGGCGAGGAGGAGGAGCAGGAGCCCGGCCUGCCCCCGCCCCCCGAGAGCUUCGCGGAGGAGUACCCCCCCUACCCACCCCCCCCGUACCCCGCUGUCGGCGAGCAGGACGGCCUCGGGGAGGACACCUUCAGCAUGCGGCCCCCCGAAAUCACCGGCCAGCUCACCCUGCCGCCGGGCAAGAGGACCAACCUGCGCAAGACAGACUCGGAGCGCAUUGCCCACAGCAUGAGGGUGAAGUUCAACCCCCUGGCCCUGCUGCUGGACUCCUCCCUGGAGGGCGAGUUCGACCUGGUGCAGAGGAUCAUCUACGAGGUGGAGGACCCCAGCCAGCCCAAUGACGAGGGCAUCACAGCGCUGCACAACGCCGUCUGUGCUGGACACACGGAGAUCGUCAAGUUCCUCGUGCAGUUCGGCGUCAACGUCAACGCAGCCGACAGCGAUGGCUGGACGCCUCUGCACUGCGCCGCCUCCUGUAAUAACGUGCAGGUGUGCAAGUUCCUGGUGGAGUCGGGGGCGGCUGUGUUUGCCAUGACCUACAGCGACAUGCAGACGGCAGCAGACAAGUGCGAGGAGAUGGAGGAAGGCUACAGCCAGUGCUCCCAGUUCCUGUAUGGUGUGCAGGAGAAGAUGGGGAUCAUGAACCGGGGGGUGGUGUACGGCCUGUGGGAUUACGAGUCGGAGAACGAGGACGAGCUGGAGUUCAAGGAGGGCGACUGCAUGACUAUCAUCCGCCGGGAGGACGAGGAUGAGAUCGAGUGGUGGUGGGCGCGCCUGGGAGAGAAGGAGGGCUACAUUCCCCGAAACCUGCUGGGGCUGUAUCCAAGGAUCAAGCCCAGACAGAGAAGCCUGGCUUGACGAUGCUGGUCUGCACUUCAUCACAGAUUAAACUUCGACUCCUCUCUUUUGGGGAAAGAAGGAAUCUCAUGCCGGGAAUGAAGAACACUAAUACAUGAAGGAAUAAUCUUUUCCUGUCUAUCAUUCGGGAACAACCAAAACUGAGUCUCACACCGCACUGGUGUUGACAGGCUGGACCUCAGGCUGUCUGUAGAAGCACGCGCCACUAUUUUCAUCUUGGAGGAUUUUAAAAAGGAGAUAUUUUUUCAGUGAACAAGAGAUGGGAAUUUAUCUGAAUACAAUCUGCAUCAUACUGGCAGAAGAAAGUUUGUAAUUAAUUUUUGUAUUGAACGAACUAUAUAACAUUCCCUCUAAAUGUUAGAUGAGAAUUUCUAAAUUAAAAACAGUAUUUUCCAUAGUUUCUUUUUCCACAAAUGCAUUUAUGAGCCGAUUCUUUAUAUUAGUUUUAAACGGAAGCAGGGUUGAAGUGCUGUUUAAGACUUAAAACUUUCUCUAUCAGAGAGGUGCAGAGCUUUUUAGUACAGAUUGAAAUAAAACUGGAUAUUUCAUAAUAUACUCGUGCACAUGGACACAGAGCCUCACUAUUAAAAUGAACAGCUUUGGCACAGGGAGAAUGUGCCUGGUGCAGAACACUAAGCAUGAAAGGGAGCAGACUCAAGCACGUUUGUAUCAGCGUGGCCUUGGGUCCUUCACAGCAGGCUGUGACCAACAAUAUGGCACAAAAGUACAAUGGGAAAAGGGGAGAAACUUUAGUGCUGUUGGGGUGUUCAUUUUAAUAUAGACAGCUUCUGUAUGUAUCUCAGCCUACACGAAUAUUAGUUUUAGUAAAGUAAGAGAAAUAAAACUCAGCAUAUAUGCUAUGUAUUCAUUAAGCUAUGAUUAAUGCACUAGCACUGUAGGUUACUCAUAAGGCCUCUGCCAUCAGAAUACUAGUGUAACAUCUUUCUGUUUCUUUAUCUAUGUUAAUGAGCACACAACAGAAUGUUGCCUGUAUUCAGAUAAAAGCAUAUUACACUUAGUAUAUCUAUAUGUCUCAAGGAUCUGUCCAAUUCAAUGCCUUGGAAUAGCGUCCGAUGGAGACCAGGCUGUGGGCAGCACUGAGUGGUCAGAUAUGUAGCGACUUCAUUUACGUGAAGGACCAGUAAGACCAGUGCUGCAGUGGUUCUGUGGUCGAGAUCGUAGCUGGUGCACUGCGGACGCGGCGAGGGAGCCCAGUACGAGGGUGUGAUUGCAUCACUGCCAUGGAGCUCAGUGUAAAUACCUGCAGUAGUGCAUUCCCAUCUGACUAACGUAGCCUCCUGCAGUGUGCACUUGUCAGCCCUGAUAGCAGCGCAGCUCACUCCAUCCUGGGGUUGGUGGGGGGGUCGGUUGGCGGUAUUCAUUUUAAUUGUCCCCCUCCCCCCACCCCCUGGUGCACUAGUGCGAUUUGUCACAGUAUCGUCCCCAGGUGGCUGUUCCCCUGCACUAGCGGAGAGAGAGGGGUACUGAUGCUUUUCUUUUUUUCCCACAAAUGUAUUUAUUUUCCUUGUGUUGAUAUUGACUAGAAGUAAUAACAUCACAUGUAGAAUUUACAAUAAAAUGCUUUUGUCAA